AUGUUCUUUAUACCAGCCGAGAAGUCUCUUGAAAAAUGGGAUGUGGAAGAAGUAUGUUCGUGGCUAAGGCGCAACAAGUUGCAAGACUAUAGCGAUGUAUUCAAAGAAAACAAAAUAAGUGGAAGCACACUUCUCUCUUCACUAAAGGAUGGCAGUCUAAAGAAUGACCUGAAAGACAUUGGAGUAAUGGCUCUUGGUAAUUACUUCCCUUUUCUCGUUAUAUUCUACCUGUAAUUAUUCGUCAUUUGAACAGUCUUUCAUGCAAUAUUCCUCAGGUCUGGAGUAGGUCGAAUGUGAAAUACGAUAUAUGAUUUGAAGCACUUUGGAUUUGAAGUAUGUUUGAGGAGGGAAUUUGUGGGACUCAUAGGGACGGACCAGUGCAUGAUUUUUUUACGAAAUUUUCCCUCGCACGGAUAAUUUUUUGUACCUCCCCCCGCCCCCUUACCAUUUACCAUUAUUACACAUUUACAGUCGAACCCCGCUUUACAAGACUGUAAAGCUGAACGACGACAAUGAUAAUUCAAGUUGCUAUCGCUAAAAGCAGAUACCGCGUAAAUGUUCGACUACCUUAUUAUGGGAAAUUUACGCUCCACGAAAUUAAGGAUUUGGAAAUUAACGCGAAUUUAAUGGUAAACGACUUUAAACUUAAUGCGAAAAAAGAGGAUAAAAUUUCAAAAUUGUGGAAAUUAGCGCAACGUUUACCAAGAGAGAGUGGGGCUAACGCUAACUGGGAAUUCAUUUGUAAGGAGGGUGGUAUUUCAGGCUUUUUAGAUAAAUGCAGCACAAACGUAUGUAGUUUUUAGCGUUGCUUUUUUUUUUUACCCUUUUUUCUUGUAAUUUUUCUUCAUCAAGAAAUUAUCAUGGAGGGUCAUUCAGUAUUUUUCACUGACAAUCCAAAAUAUACGUACGGACUAACUCGUUUUAUUAAAGGCAGUUUAAAUUGUGUUCUUUCCGUAGGGGAUAGAAAUAAAAUAUCAGACCUGGUGCAAUCCGAGUGGGCUUACCAACGCCAAGCAAAACAAGUGAAGAAACCAUCUGCCACUGUUAGCGGACCUAUUGGACGAUUUCUUGUUCACGUGGAUAAAAAUCAACAAUCAGGACAGUUAUCAAGUGAAAAGAAAUCAGGUUUAAUAGACUUUAAUAGUGUAGUAAUAUUUAUAGGCAUUACACUUUAUGCCCUGUAGUCUCACAUCUACUGAAAAACUAAAAACUGUGUCGUCCUGAUUUACGUUCUUAUGAGAUGCGGGUAUAAUUACUCAUAAUUACCUUUGCAUGGACAUGACAACAUAGACUUGUUUACGUAUUUAAUUGUACUCAUAGUACUACACUGAUGUCUAGAUAAAUAACCUGAAAUACUACUGAAACAAGUGCAAAUCCACUCAAAUUUACAUUGUGUUUGUGUUAGUAGGAACGUCAAGAUAUUUCUUAUAUCGUUCGAAUUUCUGACGUAUCGCGUUUCGCAUCAAGCUGGAUGAAUGUUUAUUGAUUGAAUGAUAAAUUGUUUUUACGCUAUUUUUUUUAAAAAAAGUAGCAACACAACAGAAAAUCGUCUGACGCCCGAAAAUAAGUUAAAAAAUAGAAAUAAAAACAAAACGCAAAAACAGUUACAGAGGAAAUGUUUAAGCGUUUUCAUACCAGUUUUAAGAAAAAGAACCGGCUGUAACUGCGAGCUUGUCUUUAGCUUCACUUUCUGACGAAAUGCCCAUGAUAAAGACUUCAGAGUUUCAUGCUUCGAAUAAACACUGACUGUAUUCCCUUCGUAUUGUUGUUGGCUAGGGAACGAAACCGUAUCAGUCCUUAGGCUUCUAUCAGUAAAUUUAACAUAUUUUUGUCUUCGAAUGUCCAGAUCCAAGAUAUCAGGGUAGACCGCAAUAUCUCAAAGGCACUGCUUCAAAAAGACUCACAGAUGGUGGCGACGUCUACCGUCAGUGGCUGAGGAAAGAGUGUUUUGAAGGAAGGGGUUUGCUUAUCCCCCGAGACGCUGAAGAAACUAAGAGGUUAAAGAAAUUUAAGGCUCGAGUCAGUGAUUUGAAAAUGAAAGUGACAGUCGGAAAGCUUUGUGUUGCAUCGUACAAUGCAGGACUGCAUAUAAAGGCCCUAGACGAAUGGACAAUCCACUGUGAUCUUUGCGGGUGUAAUUUCCAUUGUCGGGAGGUUAUGAGACUAGAGGCUGUAGAAAAACACGUGUUUAGUAAAGAACACGUCAAACUACUUGCUUUAGAAAAGGGUGAGUUUACCAUUUAUGUGUCAUUUCUUUCUUUGGUGUCUUUUUUUGGUAAUUUUGUUGCUUUGGCUAUACUUAAAACUGAAUUAAGCUUAACUUUAACAGAGGUAAGCAAAUAAUGUAAUUUUUGGAAUUCUUUUGGACUUUUCAGAUGUACAACUUACUCCGAACGAAGCACAGCUUGCUUCUUGGUGUAAAGAGGCUUACAAAAACCGCAAAAAGGAGGCUACACAAAUUAGUUCUCUGCCUCCUUCUCCACGUCGUGUCCAUAAAAGGUCAUAUGCAGGUCAAUGUUGAUAACGAAAUCAUCGUAAAUGUAAAAAAAUCCUUUCUGUUCAAUUGGGUCAUUUUGCAUAUGCAUACAGCUAUAUGUUAACAUUUAUUCAUUAAUUGUUACAGGAAAUCUAACCAGUCCUCGCCUGGGAAUGUUAAAAAGCAGAAGCUCUCCGUCCCAGUAAUUCGCUCUGUGUCUUCAAAACAAGAACAGCUUCAAACGAGUUCCGCGGCCUCCGCUACUAAAAGGUUUGCCCGUGUAUCCUUCAUACACAUGUACGAAUAAUGGACUAAUGUGUUGUGUUGGGUCUUCAGUAUGUGUGUUUACGUGUCUUUUAGUCUGACUCGAAAACAUCUCUAAGAUGAACACUAGUGACCCUCCCUAAAACGGAAACCUAGAGUUCUUUCCUACCCCUGAAAGGUGCUUUUUAGUUUAUUAUUUCAAUACGCCGAAAACCUCUUUAAGCAGUACUUCAUGCUAGGCCCAUCGGAGGCCGUUUCAAAGGGGGUUGUAUACCCCUUGAAGAGAAAUGACAAACAAACUCUUAUAUUACUUAUAAUACUUUCUGACAUUCACUGUGUUUUUUUUUCAUUCUAAGCAGAACUGCAAGACCCUUAUUGGUACGUUGUUCCCACAAGCGGAUCAAAUGCAACUGUAGACGAGUUUGGCAAAGAAAAUUUUUGAAAGCACAUGCUCUGCGAGCAUCAAAAGCAAAGCAAAGAAAACCACGCAAGAAAUCAAGAGAGGGGAGAGAAAAGAGGAACGUAGAAGUUUUUGAUUACCCUCGACGUGAAGGGAUUGAUGAAGACAUGGUCCGUGAUCUAGGAUUUAAUGAAGGCAACAAAACGCUUUCAAGUACACCGUAUGGCCAAACGGAGUAUGGGGAAAAGAAAAAUGGUGAAAAUCGACAAUGCUACGAAAGUUCACUUGACGUAGACGAAACGUCAGAAAUGGAAACGAGAUCAGAGAAAAACAAAGAUGAGGAUCCACAGACCACUCCUUUUGAUCAAAUGGAAGUCGAUGAAAGGCGCGGAACGGAUGAUUGUAGUGGAGAACAGUUACAAGAUGUUUCAAGCCGCAUGCGAAAACAGAGCAAAGAGGCAAAAGUGUACCACACGGAUGAAGACAAUGCGGACGACUAUCACAAGGAGAGUACUAAGACUGACGAGGAAGAGUAUUCUGAAGAAAGUAACGAGUUCGCCUUUGCUGAUAACCUUCUCUUCUGACUAGCCGUUCCGACGUUUAAAUCUUUUUUUAAGGCAGCCGUACCUUGUGCACACAAUUACCGUGAAGAACUGAAGUGCCUUUGGGAUAGCAAUGGAGGAUGCACUCCGCCAUCGGUGCUUUAUAGAAACAGAGUAGGUGACCCCAAAAAUAUUUGUGUUCUCUGCGGAGUAAAGGACUGUGUUAGAUCCUUCACAUUGUGGUGUAAACGUCAUCCAUCAGCAUCCCAAGAUUUGUAUUCUCAUUCCGAAGCUGCUGGUGAAAAUGCAGAGGAUUUGUGGAGGCGUAACGUUGAAAAGGAAGCUUGCUAUAUUUGUGGCACGAAGGACUGCUUACGAUCAUUUGCGGAUAUAAAAAACAAGCACACUGGAAUGGUAGAGGACUUGAAGUCGGAGUCAUUAAAAGCAAGGCAAUACAUUAUUUACAGAAACAUAAAAGUAAAAUCUGGUACAACAGACAUAAUGGUCAAUGGUAAACAUGCUAUGGACAGUGUUCAGAGCGGCCACUGUACAGGACUGGCGUUUACUAGUGACUACAUGUGCGACCAUUGCCGAGAAAUUUUGAGAGAGCCAGCUACGCGUAUUGCAUUCCGCCGUCUCUGCUCCGGGGAGAAAAACGACAGUUUAGGAGAAAAGUUUGCAGUCAGCAAUGUUCAAGAGAUACUGACUUGUGUGCAAGAGAAAGGAAUCUAUUGCGCCGAGAACCAUCCUGGGAAAGACAUCAUCCUUGGGUGCGCCGAGUUAUACCGUGAAGGAAAGCUUACAGAAGACGAUUUCUUCCACAAAAUUCAGCACCUCAUGAUAGAAGUUGGAAGGCAUGGAACCAAAAAGAGGAUUGUUUGGGGAAAACACCCUGAAAUACUGUUUUGGGCUCUUAGAGGUUACCUAAGGUUUGGAGAUGAUUUCGUAGACCACCUAUCCGGAGAAGGAUUCAAACUAGAUAGAGAAGAAGGCGAAGAUCUUGUCUUCAGUUUCAAAGGAAAGUUCCUUCUCAUUCCUGGCAGACGCACGUUACAGAGAUAUUCUCCGGCAUAUUCGGUUACAGAUGGUAUCUCGAGGUCUCAAGUACGUCUUUUAAUUCAGUGCCUAGAACAGAACAAGGUCAUGUCUAUUGAAAAGCAAAACACAACCAUUUUCCCUUGUUGCUUACAGUACGACGGACUAAAACUUAAGCCAGCACUUGAAUAUUGCCGGCAUCACCACUCAAUUAUUGGUCUAUCGAGUGGCCCGAUGGCUCACGAGGAAAUGUCCGAACUUCGGGAUAUGGACGACAAUGAUAGAAGAAAGAAGAUGGCCACCCUACCUUUUGCGAAAGAAGCUUUAGAAUUUAUUGCGGAAAGCCUCGACAGCAAAAUAGCUCUCCCGAUGGGUCACUUCCUUGUAAAUGAUACCGGAUCAUCCGAGGAACUUUGGGAGUUAAUUUCAAACGCCGUGAAAGUGUUACAGUGCUGUGAAAGAUGCCUUCAACAGGUGGAAACAGGUACAGCUGAACUGGAAGACUGUAAGAUCGUCUGUCACGAUUGCACAACCAGUCGCCAGCUAUGUGAACGGUGCAAAGCUUUGGGAUAUUCAGUUGGUCAAUGGAAGUCGACUAUAAGGCCGUGCUUUUCUUGCGCCGAAAGUCGUCUAUCAUGUAAGCGCCUCGUUGUCUGUGUGUUAGCGAGUGACUGCCUUGAAAAACAAAAAAAGAUCCUGCGCCAGCUUGAAGAAAAGCGUUCCUCGGAAGUAGAAGAAGCAACACUAGUAGACAAAAACACCGGUGAAAUAAUUAUCAUACCAUCGCCAGACGACCCACACACUGACAAGAACAUUGUCGCUGAGCACGAUAAUUACUGGCAAAUGAAGAACGGAGAAGUUUUUUGUACAAAGAUUGUUCAAGUCUUGCGUUCGCAUAAAGAUGUUUCCAUCAGCAAACCCGUAGCGGAUGCUAUUACCCAAGAAGCUCUUUCCAGGAUCGACAGAAUGUCCAACGAAACCUUUAUGGGUCACGUAUCAUUGCGAUUACAAGAAGCUUUAAACGAUACUGGUCCUGUUGUGGUUACAGUUGCCUCCAAUGUGCGUUACGGGGAAGAAGGAAACAAGAGAAAAAAAGUUGAAGGAGAGCUGUUCGGAAGGUUGACUGCAUGUUAUGUCACAGAAGAGAGUCGUGUUUUCCUUGCCGAUGGAGAAAAAGAUUUAAUUUAUGAAGCAAACAUAGCUAAUCCACCCACUGCUGAGGUUAUAUCCAAGGCCUUUAAGAGCCCGACAGACGUCGUCUUCAUUCGAGACAAGCCCCAGAAUCUUCUUAUAUGCGACAGUCUAGGAAUUGGCAAAUUUUAUCUAUCAAGUGGCAAGGUUCUCCGCCCAGUAAUCACGGAAAUUAAACGACCGUUUAAAGCAGCUCUCGUGAAAGAAAGAAAGCAAGUUUGGGUAACUGACUGUGUAAGCAAGACAGUUGUCAUGCUAAAUCUGGGAGGUAACAAAGCAAAGUUUGUUGAGCAUGAAUUUAAGGAACCAACUGGGAUCGCUUUCUUGCCAGCCUUAGAUGUUGUAGCUGUUUGCGAUGCCUUAGAGAUAACUAUCGUGCUUUUUACAAAGAAUGGUAACGGUGUUGUAGCAAUCAGUCUGCCUAGGCAGAUAACACCAGUACAUGUGUCAUGCUUUGGUGGCUUUGGAAAUGAUGUUUUUCUUGCAUCAAACGAGAACAUAUUGUACAAGAUGAAAAUCACACUCGACAACCAUGCAGCUGAAAUUGAGGAGAUCGCUGGCCAUCGCCCGCAUCCAGUUUUCAGUGACCAGGACGGACCAGCCGCCUCCACCAAGCUAGUAAGCAUAAAUGGUCUGUGGAGCGUCGGAAGAGCUUGUUUUAUCGCUGAUGGAGGCAAGUUACGGCUUUAUACGCCAUUGCAAGAGUUCGAACGCUGGAUGGAGGUCCUUAGAGAUGGACAUGAAGCGUAUGGUUUGGCGGAAAAGAGGCUUGGCGACAGGUACAAAAGUGUUGUGAGAGCAAGGCCAUACAGUACAAGGAUUAAAGCCCUGGAAGAAAGGAAACGCUAUUUCGGAAACUGGCAAAAUGAAGUCGCCGACAGACUACCAGGAUCGAAGACAGCCAGUAUGGGUAAGUUCGGGACCCCGGCAACGAAGACCAUGGAAAACACAAGAAUGUCAUUCGAAGGGAAGAGGUGCUUGGAGAAUUUCUUGAAAGAGCACGGUCUCAACAAUAGCCUUGAUGAAUUCAAGUUCACAUCAGUAACAACUCUGCGUACUGAAGGCAUGUUUGGCGUCUACAACCGAGACCAAGUGGUUCCUUCUGCUCUCGAAUUUAAGUAUCUCUCGUCACGAAGUGCACUGGAAUGCGCAAUGAAAUCCGCAAUGGGGCUGGGAUUUAAGAGCAAAAGGGAAACACGCUAUGGGCAUAAAGAUGAGUGUAAAAUUCCCCUAACGUACACGAAGCGCAAAGAUGACCCUACCUUUAUCAAGGAAAGUCCACGGUUGAAGAAAGAAGCAGCGGAAAUGCGUGACUUUUGUCGUACGUAUGGAAAGGGCGUCAAAGUUAGUGGAGUGCGACAAAUUUACAAACAGAGACCUGGAUCCCUGCCUCUGUACUGCCGAAAGCCGAAGACAGCCGUCCCUCUUCAGGACAAAGAGAGUGCACCCUUGCUCCUUUGGCUGAAGUCGAACACAAAAGAAACUGCUGACAAAAGAAAAGAAAGAACCAAAGGAACAACAUCGAAAGAGCCACCUGCCGACCGGUCAACAGAAGUCAGCAUAGAGAGCACUGAAAGCAGCGUAGUAGUUGUUGGCCAUCGGGUGACCCAAGAAGGCUUAGAGUACUUGGUGAAGGGCGUACAGGAGCCUGACAGCGCAGGAGUAUGGACACCAAGGGAAAACUUAGAUUCCACUCUUGUGACAGCCUACACAAGGCGAGAAAGGGCUUCGCGAUGCUCAACGUAA